AUGGUUGCAUUCAGAAUGAUGAGGUUGGAAAGAGACUAUGAUGAUUUGCAGCCGCUACCACCACCUGUGACAGUGGGGGAGAGCCACUCAACUCAUGGCUCCCUGGAAAAGCUGGUGGUGGUGCUGGCGGUGAUAACCAUCGUCGGCGUAAUCGCAGGGAUGAUAGCUCGGCUGUGUGGCGAAAGACAUUACGGUGGCAAUGGAGAUCAUGAAAUGGAAGGGUGGAUUGAAAGAAGAUGCAAGAGCUGCAUUGAUGGCGGCGUUUCAUCUGCACCACCACCAGCAGCAGCAGCAGCAGAAGAAGCAGCAAAGCCGGAAAAGGAGGAAGCCAAGAAGGACCAACAUGAGAAAAAGUAA